AUGUUAUUACAUUUAAUUUUAAUGAAUAAGUUAUUAUUUUUAUUGGCAUACUGGAAUUUGCAAAGGAACUUUUACACAUUAUACCAUAUAACAAGGAAUGGAAAAAUAAUAACAUGGAGAAGAUUGUGUGAAAUUGAUUUAUAUGAACCUAAUUAUGAUAAUGAUCCUGAAAUGAAAAAAGUUAUGGAUAACUUUAAUCUACGAACACAAAAACGAUUUUAUGAACUUAAUGAACGAAUAAAGGAAAAAAGAAAAAAAUUUAAUGAAAAAUGUGAUAAAGAUAUAAAAGAAAUUAUUGUUAAGGAUAAAAUAGAAAAACAGUUAAUAAAAAAAUUAUCAGUAUUAGAAAAACUAGAAGAUCGAAGCUAUUCACGUAAAGGUAAAAGUGAAAAGAGGGUAGAAAAAUAUGUACAAAAGUGUUAUUAUAAAAAGCGAAAAACAUUAGGAACUAUCUUAUCAGAAUGGGACAUUUUAGCUAAUAUUGAUAUGUAUGAAUGGAUACCAUUUUGUUCAACUGGAGAGCACAUUGACGGUAAUAUAAAAAAUAUUAAAGAUGCAGUUACUAAAGUUGGCUAUAUAAAAUCUAAUAAUUCUACUGUUCCUGAAAAUAAGGGUUCAAAAGAUACUACAGAACUUGGUUCUAUACUCAGUUCUAUUCUAGGUUCUUCUAAUUCAUUAUUUCAAAAGUACAUAGAUGACAAAAUUAAAUCUAAUGGUGUUAGUUUUAAAAAACAAACUGGUUAUGCCUCUUUUUUUAUUUAUGUCUUAUCAGAAUUUGUUGAACAUGUUGUAAUUCCUGUUGGCACUACUCUUAUUUUUGGACAUAGUGGUAAUAAAAAUAACCAUGAAACAACAUCUGCGGAAACUCAAAUGUGUAAAUGUUCAUGUGAACUUCAGAAUUCUUCUAAGUGUACCUGUAUAUGUACAUGUGCAAAUAAAAGUACUUAUUCAGUAACGUGUUCCUGUAUUUGUUCAUGCAAGUGUGCAUGUAAAGGUACAGAAGGAUGUGCGACUACAUGUGCUUGUGCAGAAAAAUGUGUCACUGCGUGUACUUGUGCAGAAAAAUGUGUCAAAGCGUGUAUUUGUGCAGAAAAAUGUGUCACUGCGUGUGAAUGUGCAUGUGCACAUCAUUCACACAACCAUAUGUUUAUUAUUCCGAUUAGUUCUGAAGGAUUUAUUACGGCAUAUACUAUAGCUUCCGUUCUUUUAUUUUUAUAUUUUAUUUUAAAAUUUUACAGAAAAAUAAGGAGGGAGAAAAAACAGAAGUAUAUAAAAUUAUUAAAUAAAUAA